AUGGGAAAGGACUACUACUCUAUUUUGGGAGUUAAAAGAGGCUGUAACGACGCCGAACUCAAGAAGGCUUAUCGAAAACUUGCAAUGCAAUGGCAUCCUGAUAAACAUCAAGAUCCGAAUUCUAAAUUAAAAGCUGAGGAGAUGUUUAAAAAUGUGUCAGAGGCUUAUGAUGUGUUAUCUGAUCCCGAGAAGCGGAAGAUUUAUGACCAGUUUGGUGAAGAAGGUCUCAAGGGUACAGCUCCUGGACCUGAACAUGGUGGAUCCCACACUUAUGUCUGUAUGUUUCCCCUCAGAGCGGGCGCUUCCCGCCACUACCUACUCAUAGAUACUAAACCUAAUACUGGUGUUGAUCCCAGUGAACUGUUUCGUAAGAUAUUUGGGAAUGAUCGUUCGUUUAUGUUCGGCGGAGGUGAUGAAAUGGGAGGAUUUGGUGAUGUUUUUCACGUUACAUCAUCCUCGAUGAAAUCUACUAAUUACGAACUCGAGCUACCAUUAACAUUAGAAGAGUUAUAUACUGGUACGGUAAAGAAAAUGAAAGUCACACGUAAACGAUUUAACGGUAAUAAACAAUAUAAAGAAGAACAUACCCUUAAAAUCGAUAUUAAGCCGGGAUGGAAAGAUGGAACUAAGUUAACUUUUACUGGGGAAGGAGAUCAACAAUCUCCCAUGGCAACACCUGGAGAUCUCAUAUUUAUAAUAAAAACGAAGAAGCAUAUGAGAUUUGUGCGUGAUGGAAAUAACUUGAUUUACAAAUUCACCGUUCCACUCGUUAAAGCGUUGACGGGAUUUAACGCUGUGUUGACAACGUUGGAUAAUCGCAGGUUGACGAUUCGUGUGACUGAAGUUGUUUCGCACAAGUCUCGCAAGGUCAUUGCCCGUGAAGGAAUGCCGCUCUCCAAGAACCCUAAUCAACGCGGAGAUCUCAUCCUCGAGUUCGAUGUCGUUUUCCCCGAAACCCUCACCAAUGAACAAAAAGCAUCCAUCUCUAAUAUCUUCAAUUAA